AUGUCACGCCCCAAGUCCAACAUCGCCCUCCUUACGGAAGGCGCCGCUUACAUCAAGCGCGCCCGAGCGGCCCGACAAGAACAAGUCGACGAAAUCAAAUUUGACGAUGACGCGCGGAAAGAGUGGUUGACGGGAUUUUCAAAGCGGAAGAAGGCAAAGGUCGAGGAUAGGCGGUCCAGGGCCAAGGAGAGGGACAGGCAGGCGCAUGUGGAUGAGCGGAGAAAGAUGAGACAAGAGCUGAAGGAGCGGGCGGCGCAAAACGUACGGGAUGUCCGAGCGGCCAUGGGUCUGGAGGACAAGGCGGCGGGGGAGGAAGAUGAAGAGGAAGAGGACGAGACGAUGGAGGCUGGACCCUCCAAGCCGCGCCAGGAGGAAGCGGAGUUCUCGGACGAGGACCAACUCGCCACUGUCACCAUCACCGAGGACUUCGACCCCUCCUCCCUCCCCACAUUCAACCCUCUCCGCUCGUCUACUUCCCCCGACCCAGACCAUCCCGCCAAACCUACCCCAUCUCGCGCUCCAGUAUCCCUCAUGCCGGCAAGCUCUGGGCGGGCUCAGGCGAAAGCCAAGAAGGAGAAGGAGAAAGUCAAGGUCAAGAAAGAGCGCGAGAAGGAGCGUAGUAGAAACAUGGAGACCAAGGGCGAGAGGAAGAAGGGUAAAGCGAUGGAAGCGAAGAAGCGGGGACACAAGGCGACUUUGGCGAUUGAGAGGGAUGGGAAGUCGAGGGGCAGGGGUGCUGCUACCAAGCGAGGCGGCAAGGGUGGGCGGGGCGGGGCAUCAGCUAGGGGCGGCGGGAAAAGGGGAGGAAAGAAGUAG